UCACGUGUUAAAUUGAACCCACUUAAAAAAAACGUACAUUUAUCACAUGGUUGAUCUUCGGUUGAGACCACUGUAGCUAACAACACAAACAACAGUCCCUGCUACACUGCUACAUCGUUUUUAGAUUCUGGAAGUUGAUCCCAAUCGGGAGAGAAAAUUUAUCCAUGGCAGAGUACAAUAAUUCAAGUUCAACAACACAAGUACAAGGAGGCACCACCCUCUUUUCUCCUUACAAGAUUGCAAACUUCAACUUUUCUCAUAGGGUGGUGUUGGCACCUAUGACCAGAUGCAGAGCGUUGAAUGGUAUUCCAAACGCAGCGCUUGCUGAAUACUACUCUCAAAGAUCAACUCCAGGUGGAUUUCUCAUCAGUGAAGGAACCUCCAUCUCUCCCACUGCUUAUGGGUUUCCUCAUGUACCUGGAAUUUAUUCAGAGGAACAAGUGAAGGCAUGGAGAAAUGUUGUGGAUGCUGUCCAUGCCAAAGGCAGCAUUAUCUUUUGUCAACUAUGGCAUGUUGGCCGUGCAUCUCAUUCUGUGUAUCAGCCUGGUGGUGCUGCGCCCAUUUCAUCAACAGCCAAACCCCUUUUGGAGAAGUGGAGAAUUCUCAGGCCAGAUGGUUCCUACGGCGCAUACCCGGAGCCUCGAGCACUUACCACUUCUGAGAUACCAGAAAUAGUCCAUCAUUAUCGCCAAUCAGCUAUUAAUGCAAUUCGAGCAGGUUUUGAUGGAGUCGAAAUUCACGGGGCACACGGGUAUCUGAUUGAUCAAUUCUUGAAAGAUGGGAUCAAUGAUCGAACAGAUGAGUAUGGUGGAUCGCUUGAAAAUCGAUGCAGGUUCUUAAUUCAGGUGGUUCGGGCUGUUGUUUCUGGUAUUGGAGCUGAAAGAGUUGGUGUCAGAAUUUCACCAGCAAUUGAUCACAAUGAUGCUAUUGAUUCUGAUCCACUUGGAUUAGGCUUAGCAGUGAUUGAGAGACUAAACAAUCUCCAAAAAGAGCUUGGUAGAAAACUUACGUAUCUUCAUGUUACUCAACCUCGAUAUACAGCUUAUGGAAAAACUGAGUACGACAAGGAAGAAGAAGAGGCUCAUUUGAUGAGGAACCUAAGAAAAGCUUAUGAGGGAACAUUCAUGUGCAGUGGUGGAUUCAAUAGGAAGUUAGGAAUGGAAGCUGUAGUUCAAGGUGAUGCUGAUUUGGUAUCAUUUGGUCGUCUUUUCAUCUCUAAUCCAGAUUUGGUUUUAAGGUUUAAGCUUAAUGCUCCUCUGAACAAGUAUAACAGGAAGACAUUUUACACACAGGAUCCUGUUAUUGGCUACACUGAUUAUCCUUUCCUCACCAAAGGAAAUCAGACUCAAGAGCUAAAUGCACGCCUUUGAUUGUUGUUUUUCCUUAUUUUAAUUUUUUUUUACCAUUUUGGUUUUGUUGUACGAACAAUUGGAGUCUCCAAAUCUUAAGAGAAUGCUUUGAUUAUGAAUGUAAUCUUAUAUAUCGGUGGAUACAAAAUUGUAUAAUUAUAUUUACGAUAGAUGAGAUUACACUUAUACAAAUUAAGUAUGAUUGUUAUUUGAACUUCAUAUAUAUUGAAGUAUACUGACUGCAGGCUACA